AUGGCGUGCCGGAAAAAUUUGCCUCUCCUCCGAUAUCCGUACGAUCCGCCGCUGUUCUCCGCCGUACAUAGACAACACCUUCCCGUGCCCAAUCUUAUUCCCUCCUCUCUCCAUUCCAAGAAGAUUUCACUCUCUACUGGUCGUCACUGUAGGUCUUUCUGUGUGAAAUCUGAGGCGACGACAGAGAAGAAGCCAAUUGCCGAGGAUAGAAUGCUGGUGUUUGUUCCCCCGCAUCCUUUGAUCAAGCACUGGGUUGCGGUACUUAGAAAUGAGCAGACUCCUUGCACCAUCUUUAUUAAGAAUGACCCUUUUGCAAAGAUCCUUCAUGGUUAUCACUCAGUGUUGGUCCCAUCAAAUUUGGUGCAAGCAUGA